UUCCCGGCACAAGGCUGGCACUCCGCUCUCCAGGUCCUGCGAGCACGGCCCCCCUCCACCCGUUCAACCCCGGAUCGGUUCAGCCCGAAGCAACGACCUGAGAGAUUCUCUGAAAUCAGGCCACGCUUUUAUCCAUUUUUCUCCACUGGGGAUUAAUUAUUUUAACAAGUGGGGAGGACGCCUCACUGCUUUGGUUUUUGGUGGAGGAUUAGAAGCAAGUUGAGGGUUUCCAGAGGAGCUGUGCAAGUUUUCCAACAUGGCAGCCCUGCGAGGUUGGGUGGCGGGUCUUCUGCUGGUGCUCUUGUGCUCCUCUCACGCGCCGCUGUCCGGCGUGGCGAGCGCGCUCGACGCCGCUGAGGCCGAGGGAGGCCUCCGCUCCAGGGAGGCCGAAGACGUCGUAGCAGAGGAGGGAGAAACCGCCGAGGGAGGGGACGGCGCCGAGGAAGAGGGAGAAGACGACGAAGAGGCGGACGAUGAGGGAGAGUCUGAUGAGCAGGAAGACGCUGAGGAAGAGGAGGAGGAAGAGGAAGCGGCAGAGGAGGAAGAGGCUGUGGAGGAGGAAGAGGAAGAAGAGGAGGAAGAGGCGGAGGAAUCCACAGAGGAAGAUGAAGCAGAAGAAGAGGAAGAGGAGGAGGAACAAGAAGCUGCUGCUGAAGAAGAGGAGGAGGAGGAAGAAGAAGAAGAAGAAGAGGGUGAUGCUGAGGAGGAGGAUGAGGAAGAGGAAGAGGCAGCUGAAGAAAAUGAUGAGGUGGAGGAGGAGGAGGAAGAGGAGGAGGAGGAUGCUGCUGAGGAAGAAGAGGAUGAUGAUGAUGAGGAGGAGGAGGCUGAAGCUGCAGCUGAGGAGGAAGAGGAUGAUGAUGAGGAGGAGGAGGAGGAGGAAGAAGCUGAGGCCGAAGAAGAAGAUGACGAUGAAGAGGAGGAGGCUGAGGCUGUUGCUGAGGAAGAGGAGGAUGAUGAUGAGGAAGAGGAGGAGGCAACAGAGGAAGGCGAUGAUGAAGACGAUGACGAAGACGAGGACGACGCAGUGGAAGAUGAGGCUGAAGCGCUGCAUUUCCACUCCGGCUCUUUAUGCAGCGUCUGCUCCAUCUGCGAGCACUGCUCCACAAACUGUGACAAGUGUCCGUGUGAGGAGGGAGACGAUUCAGAUCACUGUGAGCAGUGUCAAGACUGCUCAUCCUGCUACAUUUGCCCCAUUCUGUGCGACACAGUUUGCACACCAGGCGGCUUUGUGGACGUGCUUACUGGAUCACUCUUUCAGUGA